AUGGCGGCGGCUUGGGACCCGAUUCCACUACGCGUGGGCUUCGUGGGCGCGGGCCGCAUGGCAGAGGCCAUCGCACGGGGCCUCAUCCGAGCAGGAAAGGUGGAGGCUCAGAAUGUGCUGGCCAGCGCACCAACGGACAGGAACCUCUGCCACUUCCAGGCGCUGGGCUGCCGGACCACCCACACCAACCAGGAAGUACUGCAGAGUUGUCUCCUCGUCUUCUUUGCCACCAAGCCCCACAUCCUGCCGGCCGUCCUGGCGGAGGUGGCCCCUGUGGUCACCGCUGAGCACAUCUUGGUGUCCGUGGCUGCAGGGGUCCCGCUGUGUACCCUGGAGGAGCUGCUGCCUCCAAGUGCACGGGUCCUGCGCGUGGCACCCAACCUGCCCUGCGUGGUCCAGGAGGGAGCUGUGGUGCUGGCUCGGGGCCGCCGGGCCGGAAGCGAUGCAGUCGAGCUGCUGCAGGGCCUGCUGGCGGCCUGUGGGCAGUGUGAGGAGGUGUCCGAGGUUUACAUGGACGUCCACACGGCUCUCAGCGGCAGCGGCGUGGCCUUCGUGUGCGCCUUCUCUGAGGCUCUGGCCGAAGGUGCCGUCAAGAUGGGCAUGCCCAGUGACCUGGCCCACCGUGUCGCCGCCCAGACCCUGCUGGGGACGGCCAGGCUCCUGCUGCAUGAGGGCAGGCAUCCUGCACAGCUGCGCACGGAUGUGUGCACGCCAGGAGGCACCACCAUCUACGGGCUCCACGCCCUGGAGCAGGGCGGGCUGCGGGCAGCCACCAUGAGCGCCGUGGAGGCUGCCACCAGCCGGGCCAAGGAGCUUAGCAGGAAGUAG